AGGCAGGUUGGUGUAUAGGUCCACACGCAGCUGAGAGAACAGGCUGAAACAGCUCAACUGAGACUUUCACCCAGUGCUACACUGUGAAGGGAAGAGAGACACACACACACGUUUCAGGAUGGCUGCUCCUCGUCUCGCUCUGUCUGUGUUUGUGCUGAUGCUGGCUGUCAUCGCUCUGAGUGAAGGUUUGCGUGGCCCUGGGCCAAAGACAUGCUGCCAGCGAUACAAUGAGAAGCCGGUGCCUAAAGAGAGAGUGGUCGGCUACGCCCAGACCAGCCAGCGGUGCGCCAAACCUGCCAUCCUGCUGAAGACAGUGGCGGGUCGUCAGCUGUGUGUCAGACCUUCAGCCGUCUGGGUGAAGGAGCUCAUCAGCUACCUGGACACCAAGUACACCCCAGGGGAGAAUACCCAGGUGUAACCAUGGCAACACCAAACCCACGAUAAGAGUCUUCCAUGAGCAGAAUCUGGCCAGUUAAUGUGUUUUACGAUGCCGCAACUUUUCAAACUAUAACUUUUAAACUUCGAGGUGUUUUAUACAAAUACAGUAUGUUAUUAUUCCCACUGUAACUUCUGCAGGGGGGGCAGUAACAAGCUGCUCUCACAGCAGCUCUCUGCCUAUCUGCAAUCUAUAUAUACAAAGUAUAUACUAAGUAUUCUAACCUUUUAUUACGUAGUGGAUAAAAUUUGCUGGGAUGAGAUGCAUUUCCAUAUAUGCAUUUUUCAUGCAUACAUAUCAUGCACAAAUGUGUGUAUCACAUCUUUUAAUAUUGAUGGAAUUUUCUACAAUUGAGGUUAAGAAACAUUUGUUUUAUGAUACAGAACAAGAGGCUGUUUGUGCUGAAUACAACACUCAACAAAGUCAGACCAUCAACACUGUGAACUUGUUGUUGUCAUUUGAAGUGUAAAAGCCCGAUGCCUCCCAGUUCCACAUGGUGUCAUCAGUAAAGUAUAAGCUAGGGGUUACACCACUAUUUCUACACUGAACCAGUGUGAACUCUGUCUUUGUUUUUUUUUUUAUAUGAAGUAAAGCAAUGUUGUUUUGUGGGGGUUUUUUCUAUUAUCAGUCCUGUUUUACAGGCGGCCUAAACAGAUGAGUAACUCAGUUUGACUAAGAAUUAUUUAUUUCUGCAUGCUUAUACUACAAAUUUGAUUCUCUUGGAUUAAAGCAAGACAAAGUUAAA